UCGCAGCGCCGCGUUCGGCGGGAACCAAAACGGAAGCGGAAGCCCGAGGAGCAAAGGAGGGCGGCCCGAGAGGGUCACGGUUCCUAUGGCUGUUAACUCGAUCAACCGCCUGGCUUCUGGCCGGAGGGUCGAUGGACGCCUCAGGACCCGAGAGAUGGUGAGGCCCGGGCCUCGGCCGGCUCAGCAGGUAUCAUCAUCUGGAAGACAAACUGGAUCAAGUAAAUUAACAGCUGGAAAGAAAAGGAUCCCUAUGAGAAAAAUAGCCCGUGCUGAUGCAGAUUCUGGCUACUCCCUCUAUUCUACUGAUUCUGAUGAGCAGGUUGGAACAGUACCCCACGGACUUGAACGUUGCGCAACUUUACUUCAGGAUAUUUUGCAAAAUGGAGAGGCAACCUGUGGGAAUCCAGGAAAAGGAUCUUCUGGGAAGCUUGGAUCAAGACCUUGGGAAUGGAAAGGAAACAAAAUAAAAAAGAAAGGACAACCCAAAAAUGUUGUUCCUUCAUGUGUCCAUAAAGAAAUUUUGUCUUCAGGUCAUAAGAAACAUCUACCUCUUAUAGUGUCUACUGAAAAUGAAAAAGAUUCUUCAAGCACAAAACAGACUCAGCCAAUUCAAGUACCUGUCAAUGUUGACUUUUCCACAAUGUACAAAACCUUCUGUGAGCAUGUGCAGACACAGAUGUCUCUAAUCAAUGCCCAAAGUUCUCAAAGCAUUUCUGACUCUGGUCCUCCAGUCUUUAAUUAUGGCAUACCCACCUCCACACCCAUUCUCUCUCCUUACGAUCCAGCUCAGCCUUCUGAUGUUCAAUCUGAGGUUCAGGUUCCUCUACAAAGUGGAACAGUUCCUCUAACCUCUUCUGAUGUUCCAGUGCAAACCAUCAUCACUAAUCCUCCUCACACAUCUUGUCUGCCAACAUCUGGGGAAAAUAAGCAAACUGUUCCAGUAGUUCAGCCAUUAGUCCAUGAUAAUGGAAUUCUAGAAGCACGAGGAAUCUCUGAGCAGUUGGGCAAGGAAAUAAAUUUGUUAAAGUGUAUUCAGGCAUCCCUGGAUCUAUUACAUCCUCAUGGAAUAAAAGCACAUGAGAAGCACCAAAACCCUGAUCCAUUACAGCAGCCUUCAGUCUUGACCACUGAAGAGGACUCUUCAGAACAUAUUUGGAAUUCUUCCAGUGAUGAUGAGGAUUUAAAAAUAGUUGAAGUAGCAGCCAUGCAAGACCCAAAUUCUGCCAAGUGUAUACAGAAGACAAAAAGUGCAAGUUCAGAAGAAGCAUCCCCCAAAAUUAGAACACUCAAGUAUUUGUUGGGAGAACUCAAGGCACUGGUUGUGGAACAAGGGGAUUCUGAAAUUCAGAGGUUGAUUAAAGAAGUGGGAGAGUGCAUAGCUCUGCUUCCAGAAGUAGCCGAAAAUGCUCAAGUGGAGAGUGAAAUAGCUUUAGCUAUGCAGACCCUAAGGAGUGAAAAUACUCAUUUACGGAGGCGAUUGAAAGCUGUAAGCCAGCGACUCAGAGAACAAGAAAAAAUAAUGAAGUCAUCCGAUUGCCUGGAUUGCAACUUUGAGUUAAUUUCUACGCAGUCACUCAACAUGUCCCUGCAGACCCAGCUGAAGGAGUCAUUAAGGAAUCAGAAGUUACUGAAGAGUAAGAAUGACAAGCUCUUAAAAGUGAUUGAAAGCCAGAAAGAAGAGUACAAGAAAUAUGUCAAGAUAUUUCAAGAAAAAGACAAAAAAAUAUUUGAAAAUAAGAAGCAUUUUGAGAUGGAGACUGCAAAGAUUAAAAUUGAAUUGGAGGAAGCCUUGGCCAAUGUGAAAACCUACCAGUUUAAACUAGAAACAUCUAGAAAGGAAAAUAAGAUCUUGGAUGUAACAUUACAUCAGCGUGAAGCUGAAAUUAUCCGGCUAAAAGAACUAACCAGAACUUUGCAGAACAACAUGACACAACUCCUCACAAACCUCAGUGUGACCAACAGUCUCUGUAAGCCUGAGAACAUGCUUACCAGAUCCCUUCUAGACAUUCAUGAAAAACACCUACAGCAUAAAAAAUCUCCACCUCAGUUUUCCAUGAGUCACCUUAAAAAGUUAGAAAACAAUCAAAUUUAUACUCACACAGAAUCACCAUUUUUAAAAGAAGAUCGAAAAGGGAGAGUGCCAGUUGUGCCUUACGAAAAUUUCCUAAACCCUGAAGUCUGUAAACACAAAUCUCCAGGUUCAGCUAAUGAAUUAGACCUUGGGACUGUACCAUAUCAUUCACAGGUACUUUCAGAAGUAGGGAGUGAGGCGGACACCUUAAUAGAUGAUGUAUCCGGAUUGAAUGAUGAGACAAUUUACCUCCCAUUUGCUGUAAGCUCCUCUAAAAAGAAAUCCACUCCUGAAAGAAGAAGUCCAUUGCCACAGAAUAACAUCUCUAAUUCCAAACUAUCUGGCAACAGUGGAAUUUUGGGUUCUGAAAAACAAAAUGAGCUGCUUAAGCCCAUCUCUUUAUUUGCACCCUCAGAAGAUGCAAAGGCUAGUUUUGAAAAGUUCCCUAAUACUUCUUCUCUGAAGAGUGAAACAGAAGUUGUAUCUGAAAAGAUAAGGGCAGUUAAUGUAGAAGAUGAACAGCUCCUAAUGAAAAUAAAGGAGGUAAUCAGUAAGAUACCUGCUGACUUUGUGGAUAAGUCUAUGGGUCAUCAUAAUGCCUUGGAAUGUCAAACUGCCACUUCUCUGUUGAAAAACAGUACUCUCUGUGACUAUAGCUUUUUAAAUUCUGAUUUAAUGUCAAGAAUGUCUGACUGGAGUUUGUCUUCCCUUUCUUCAUUCACUUCACAUGAUGAACAGGACUUCAGAAAUGGCCUUGCAGCAUUGGAUGCCAACAUAACUAGGCUGCAAAAAACUUUACAGACUGGCAUGCUGAAGAAAUGAAUCUAAAAGAAAACAAAACUGAGUGUGUCCAUUCUUCAUUUGUUGCAGAAUAUUUUGAUACUUUAUGCUCUGUUUUUGGAGUGUCUUUAUAAUGAGUGUUUUAUAUUAGUUUAAAUUAUGGGUGGAAUUAUCAGUGGAAUAAACUAAAUUUAUUAUUGCAUUAAAUUGA